UUAGGAAGGGUCUGGAAAAACGAUUUUGAUUUGUCUAAAACAGUUUGUGAGAAUUUGACCGUUCUUAUGAAAACCAUUAACAAGUAAUUGAAAAAGAAUCCUUCAGAAAAUGAGCCGACGUAAACAAAGCCGACAAUCAAGUGCAGAAAAAGUGCCGAAUUUUUGGCUCAAAACUUUUAACAAUCACACUUAUCACAAUCACAAAAGGCCCAUUCCUAAGCUAACAAGCACAUAUUACCUUUAUUUCUACAAUAAACACGUGGAAAUUCACGUCGUGCGUAUUCUGUGGACAAAGUGGUAAACAAAUUAUCGAUUUUUGAAUGGGGCUAAAUUAUUUCGGGGUUAUCUUGUUACGGGAUUGUAAAGUAGGAGGGUGUAAGCAUAAAGGGUUAAGUUACGUGGAAUUAAAGAGUGGGACACCGAAUGUCAUACAUUCUGAAUUGAUCGAAGAAAAUUGACCAAAGUUGCGGAUUUCAAAGUUGUGAAAGUCGAAGUUACGGUAUCAUCGAGACCAUACUCUACUCUUUUCCAUAAACUCUAUGAAAGUCAGCUAAUUUUUGACCGACAUAAUCGAAAAAGAACAGCGCUCGACGGUUUCGAGCGCGACAUAAUGUGGCACUUCAAAAUGCGUUGGUGAUGAUCACAUGAACUAGAAACGUACUCAAAUGGCUUAGUUUUCAAAGCAAGGGUGUAAGUUCCGAAGCACAUACCUUAUUAGAACCGGAACUGAUGCUUGGUGGGCACACGAGGAAGUUCGAAACGGAAUGACCGGCUGGCAAUACGAUUUGUGCUGCGGAAAUUCCGAUGUGGAAGUGAGUGAAAAACUUGAUUCGAUUGGUUUUUGCAAAAAAGACACAUGUGAGUUCAAAGGCUACCCGUCGCCCGGGUUUUGCAUACGCUCACCUCGACUAGCUUGUUUAGCUACAACUAGAGUUGAUUUAAAUGGAACUAUGGAAAGCCGCGAGGAAUCGAUUAUGGUUUCAAAUCAGUGUUGUUACCAUCGAACUAGCGACGAAUUAAUUGAAAAUUCCAUUUCUGCGGGUAGCAUGCAACGAGAAAGUGGCUCAAUUGACAAUAUGAUCCGACAUUUCACCAGCGACCUGAAACCAUUUUACGAGUGUUGUAAGCGAACACUUCCAGGUGAACCUUUUUGCGGCUUUUACAAAAAGCAUCGCCCGACUAUCAUUGGCAAGUACUGGCCUCGCAACAUCCUCAUAAACAGAGGAGACCCCCACUUGCAGACAGUGGACGGAGUCAGCUACCCCUUCAUGGGGCUGGGGGUCUACAUGAUGCUCAUCACUGAUGACUCAUCUUCAAUCGGGGGUCAGACUGAACUGCAGGCGAGCAUGCGGAGGGUCGGCAAUGGGACUGUGUUCAGCGGGAUAGCAGUCAAACACGGAAACACUCUCCUAGAAGUCUACGUUGACAAGAUUGCAAAAGUUAAAUUAGUGAUUAACAACUUCGAGAAGACACUGGGAGAAAAUGUCAGGGAAUAUAUCCUGGCCAAUGUUGCAGUGGAAGAGAGAGAUGAUUUGAAAAGCGUUCGUUUUCAGUUUUUGGGGAAUAUGUUGAUUGUGGAAGUGUAUGUAAUUCAGAACUUCCUCAACCUGAAGAUCUCAGUUCCGCCCUCGUUCAAGUUUCAGAUGAGGGGACUCCUGGGAUAUUACGACGGAGACCCAGACAACGAUUUCCAAACCCCUGAAGGCGUGAUUGUGACCAACACUACAGACUACGCGUAUCUUCACGAAGCUUUCGGAACCAGCUGGGUUGUGGAUCCAGAUGAGUGGCUCUUUAAACAGAGAGACAUUGUCUCUUCCAUCGAGAAUGAUAUUGCCGAGGGGUCUCCAUUUGAGCCGAUUUAUGAGCCACUUUUUACGAAUGAGCAGCUGCAACUCGAAGCUAAUGAGGUCUGCAAGGGGGAUUCAGCUUGUCUGCUCGACAUAGCACUGACAGGAAACAUCUCCAUUUCGGAAGCAUUUGUCCAGUUCGAAUCACAAAUCAAUGCUGCCCACUUUUGGAACGAAGUCUUCAGACUAACCGAGAUGAGCUUCUUCAUCAAAACAGCGCAGCCAGCGGACGAAUCCGAUGACCUGACCGAAAAAUGGACAUUUGCUGUGUCUCUGUGUGUCAUGACGCUGUUUCUACUGCUUCUUCUGGUCAUGGUUUUCAGGAAAUGUCUCAAUAAUGGAUGGUUAAUUUUUACAAGAGGAGUCAAGGUCGGCGUUGUGGUUGACCAGAAUCAAGGGGGUGAGGAUCAUUUUCCUCAUCAAGAAAUACGAGCCCUCUUUUGGAUUGACGAAAGAGAUGAAACUCCAUACCUUAGAUGAAAUAAGAGAAUAACUAUCAAAGCUAAGAGAAUAACUAUAUACAUUUCUGAAUCAAACUACAUUUCUCUUUUAAAAAAGCCAAAACCUGAGUUGAUUGAUUCAAUGCAAGUCUUUUGUUAGAAGAAAUUGAGCCGAUUUCUCUCGAUAAUUUUUAGGAAUUAUUUUACUGUAUUAGAAGUUGGAUUGAGUCGCUCAUAAUUC